AUGACGUCCCUCAUUUUCGAAGCCGAUUCUUCUUUGACCGACGAUGAGAAUGAAGGCAACUUCACGACCUCGAGUUGUAGCAUCUCCCUCAAGUCCAGUAGCACCACUGGCAUCUCUUCGAUGGACACCAACUCCAUGAGAUUCGUCAACUCGAACGGCACGUUAGACGAAUUCUUCGGCGACCGUGAACAGAACGACGAUGAAGAGGACGAGGGCAGAGGGUCGGGCAGUGACAACGAAGACCUUGACGUUCAGGUGACCAUCACGAUAGACGAAAAAAUCAAGUUCAAGUUCAGCGAGAAAGCGGGGGAAACUGAAAUCGAAACGGUUCAGUCCGAGGCUGACGAGCUUGUGGAGAAGAUGCAGACUCUCGAGACUCCCGACCUUUUGGCCCCCCUGAAGUACUACUUGAGGCCGGUUUGUACCAUUGGUACGUUUACUAUAGUUUCGAUAAGAUACAAUAGUCAUGUAAUGAUAUUAUUGUAUCUUUUCAUGUUAUAGAUAAUGUUUGUAGUUUAACAGCCUUGGGCCUUAGGGUUUUGUUGUCUUUCUCUCUCAAAACAUAAAACACCGAGAGUAACGUGACAUGCUGAUUUAAAUCGUUUUCCAGGCACUGGGACAUUUGGCCGGGUUUCCUUGACUCGCCACAAUGUGACUGGCCAUUACUACGCCUUGAAAGCGUUGUAUAUACCAUCGAUCAUCGACAGACGCCAAGUUCAACAUGUUCACAACGAGAAACGUAUCUUGACAAAGCUAGAUCAUCCAUUCGUAGUCAAACUGUAAGCAUAUAUUUCAUGCUGUACCUUCUUUCUAUAAUAUUGUUAUUCAAAUGACAGUGUCAGUAUCAUAGUAAAAGCCAUUUAACACUAUAUACCGCCUUAUUUUAGGUACGACACAGCCAAAGAUACCAGGAACUUGUACAUGAUUAUGGAGUUUUUAGCUGGCGGAGAGCUGUUUGCCUAUCUGAGAGCGACCAAAGUCUUCUCCAGCUCCAUGGUCAAGUUCUACGCAGCUGAAGUCAUUCUGGCACUAGAGUAUCUUCACGGUCUCAACAUUGUAAGUUAACACAAACUCAUUAAGUUUCUAUAUCAUCUUCUUCAUGACAUAACUCCAUUUCACAAAAACUUCUUGUAGGCGUACCGUGACUUGAAGCCAGAGAACCUGAUGAUGACACAAGAAGGUCACGUCAAGCUGACAGACUUUGGUUUCGCCAAAGAGAUCCACAAUAAGUAAGUAUCAAACACUAGCUGUACUUUAAGAUAACCAAGGUUUAAUACCUAAACAUCUUAGCAUGUCGCUUUGUCAUAAUCAGUCAGUUUGGGAUGUCAUUUCCUCAUUAACUGUAAACAUUGUCCUUUCACAACAAGCUGAGUGAUGUUACCUUGAGUUCUUUUAUCGAAAGAAUGCCAUUUCGAAUGUUACCUUGAGUUCACCUGCCCUCAACUUGUUUUUGGCCAUUCUUAUCACUAAAAUUGAUUAUUUUUUAUUUCGGGACCGGAAGCGAUUAGCCAAAAUACAGUAGAGAUUGAUUAAUGCGGAGGUGAGAAGACAACGUCAUCCGCCCUCCCCCAACUGCCUGAUUAGGGACAGCUGACAGCCGGACAGUUGUCUUAUAUUGUUGUAGAGAAAAGCAAAACAAAAUUUAACUCGGAUUAGUACAAUUUAAAAAAUAGUACACUUUGUGACAAAUAAUGACAUGAGUGGCAUCUAAAGUAUAUCUUCGAGAUAUAUGAUGAUAUGUGGUCAUGUCGUCAUGACCAUUUUACUAGUACUUUGGUCAUCAUAAUAGCCCUGUUAUAAGAUAACACAUGUCCCUAUGAUAGUAUUACCCACCAUUAUGAUACUAUGUCGUUAUACCAAUAACUUACAUCAAUAUAGUAGCAUUCCAAAACAACAUAUACUCAUAAACAUGUAACGACUGAUAAAAAUCAAUUGUUGCAGGUCGUACACAUUAUGUGGAACAGCUGAAUACUUGGCCCCAGAAUUGGCCAACCGGUCAGGUCACAAUCGUUGUGUAGAUUACUGGGCCUUGGGAGUGUUGAUCUUCGAAUUGAUGGCAGGAUACACACCAUAUCCAGGCGACGAUGCUGACGAUGUUCAGAUGAGGAUCGUGGAGCAAGAAGGCGUCCCGGAAUUCCCCAAAAAGACUUUCAGCGUGAAUGCAAAGUUAGUUGAAUAAUACAGUACUUACUCUAACUUCGCACUGAAUACGUUUUACUUAUAAAAGUUACUGUAUCACUCCUUUCUAGUAACUUACUGAACCCUCUACUAUAAGCUUACUUUCAGAGACAUUGUAACCCGACUGCUGGCUGUGACAAUGACCGAUCGAUUGGGAUACAACGGAACAUACGAAAUCAAACAACAUGCCUGGUUCGAGACAGUAGAAUGGGACAAGAUGCUAGACGUGGCCAUGAAGGUAUAUUACAGUAUUAUUCUGAAUCUACUUUGUUUGUUUAGUAAUAUUAUGACACGUCUUGUGUCAUCCACUCAAAGAUACGAUGACUAACGCUAAUCAAACCUAUUUCAGCCACCACUCCAACCUACAGUAUACCACGCGGGAGAUACUGGUAACUUCGAUACCUACGCUGAAGAAGAAACUCGAGCUCCAGCUAAACAACGAGACCUCGACCUCUUCGACGAGUGGUAG